GGUACGCAGCCACCACGUUCGUCAAACUCGAAGAAAGAAGCGUCCGUCGUGCGAAAGUGUUGUGUUUUGUGAAAAUAGGAUAAUUUCCCAGGAAAUGGUCUCCCUCGGGCCGAAAAAGGACGGCAGUCCGAAUGCCGAAUUCUUCACGGCACCGGAAUCGCUGCAGGGAUUCGAAACCGUGCGCCAGUGGUUGCAGAAAAACUUCAAAAAGUAUUUGGCCCCGGAUCCACCGACGAAGGAAUCGUUAGCGCAAUUGAUCAUUCAGUUUGUGCAGUACCAGGAGACCAAACUAGGAAAGAAUGCCCAGGAUCCACCGACGACAAGAUUGCCGAUGCGAUGUUUCAUGGAUUUCAAACCGGGCGGAGCGCUGUGCCACAUUCUGGCCACGAUGUACCGGUACAAGGCCGAGCAGCGCUGGCGAAAGUUCGACUUUACGGUAAACAAGAACCCGAUGCGUAAGGACCCCAUUAUACAGAUGCUGUUGGAUAUGGAAACGGCUCUCAUCGAGGCCGAAUGCAUGCGCCUGCCGAUUGUGUACGUCCGGCCGGAGGUGGACAAGGCCACUGCCAAUCGGAUAACGGACAUCGUUACCAAUCAUCAGGGAGAGAUGACAAUGGACGAGGAGGAAGCGACGCACAUAAUCUAUCCGGCGGUGGAUCCCUUACCGGAGGAUUAUGCUCGGCCAACGUUCCGUCGCGACAAGCACGUGAUGAUCCAUUGGUGUUACUUCCCGGAGUCGUACGAUACCUGGGUGCCGAACACGUUCGAUUUGCCGGAAAAUGUACCGGAUUCCCCAAUGUCUCCGGGUGAUCGUUGGCGUGUAUCCCUUUCAUGGGUCACGGAUCUGGAUGCAUACAACGAGUGGAUGGCAGAAGAGGACUACGAAGUGGAUGAAGCUGGCCGCAAGAAGAUGCACAAAUUGCGUCUCGGAGUGGAAGAUCUGAUGUCCGGAUCGGACGAUAAAAUUAAGAAAACGAAAGUUGUGCAUCAGAAGCGCAAACGAUCCCCGACGCCACCACUCAAGGGCGGAAAGCGGAAAAGUGGUCGUUCGCCGGCCGUUUUCCAGAAAAAGCCCCGGGCAGAUGAUGAAGAAUCGGAAGACAUGACCAAGGAUAUGGACGAUCCACAACCGGAAACCAAUCUAACCGAGGUGAAAGCCAGUUCAAGCAAUUCUGCUUCGGGUCCGGCCACCCCGCAACCGAAGCGUGAUCCAGAGAUGAUGCCGAUAAAGUAUGCUACCAUAACUGAUCUGGAUGAGGAAAUUGACAGGGCCAAUGCUGAUCGGACCGGAGAUGACAGUCAAGCCGGCAAAACUAGCGAUAACAGCAACACUCAAGAGUUCCCGCAUGUAAAGGACGAUCUGGAGGACAAUGUGACGGAACAAACGCAUCACAUCAUUGUCCCGUCGUACUCGGCCUGGUUCGAUUACAAUUCGAUUCAUGUUGUUGAAAAGCGAGCCCUUCCGGAGUUCUUCAAUGGAAAGAAUAAAUCAAAAACACCGGAAAUCUUUUUAGCUUACCGUAACUUCAUGAUCGAUACCUAUAGGUUGAACCCAACUGAAUACCUGACCAGCACGGCCUGUCGACGGAAUCUAGCCGGAGAUGUUUGCGCCAUUAUGCGGGUUCACGCAUUCCUGGAGCAGUGGGGCUUGAUCAACUAUCAGAUCGAUGCCGAUUCAAGGCCAACUCCCAUGGGUCCUCCACCAACUUCGCAUUUCCACGUUUUGAGCGAUACCCCAUCCGGAUUGCAGCCGCUUAAUCCUCCAAAAACGGCCCAACCAUCGGCGGCCAAGAAUCUUCUCGAUUUGGACAAGAAACCCGAUAAAAAGGAUGAUCCGGCUACCCCUGGAACUCCGGCAACUGCUACCACACCAGCAGAGGCAAUCAAAUCUGAAACAGGAACUCCUGCCGCUGCAGACCCCAACGGACAAUUUGGGCUUCGUUUGGAUCAAUACGCCAAGAAGCCGUCUGCAAUGCGCAACAAGACCGCUGCCAGCAUGUCCCGUGACUGGACCGAACAGGAAACCCUCCUGCUGCUGGAAGGCUUGGAAAUGUACAAGGACGAUUGGAACAAAGUGUGCGAGCAUGUGGGAUCGCGCACCCAGGACGAGUGCAUUCUGCACUUCUUGAGGCUUCCGAUCGAGGAUCCCUACCUGGAAGAUGACAAUACCUAUCUGGGACCGCUGUCCUACCAGCCGAUUCCGUUCAGCAAGGCCGGCAAUCCUAUCAUGUCUACGGUUGCCUUCCUGGCUUCGGUGGUCGAUCCGCGAAUUGCUGCCAGUGCUGCCAAGGCCGCUAUGGAGGAGUUUGCUGCGAUAAAGGACGAGGUACCCGCUACGAUGAUGGAUGCCCACCUGAAGAACGUGGAGAAAUCUAGCUUCGGAGGAAAAUUCGAUCCGUACGCCGGACUGUCAACGAGUGGUAUAGCCGGAACCGAUCCAGAUGAGGAGAAAGGUCGAGAUGAGGGAAAAUUGCCAGGAGCAGCUCCUGGUGGUACCUCCGCAACUCCUGGAGCAGCCGAUGUAGAAAUGAAGGACGUCUCCAAGAAGGAUGAUGACAAAGAUAAAACCGAAAAAUCGGCACUAGAAGAAGGUACUAAAACGUCUGAUUCUGAUGCUGCGGUAGGAAGCGAUCAGCAGAAACUAGAUGGUGGUCUGGAUGCAGACAAGAGCAAGGAUAAGGAAACAUCGUCGGAGUUGGCCAAGGAAAAUGGCGAUCCGAAGGUAUUCAACGAAGGAAACCUCCAAUCAGCCGCAGCAGCUGCAUUGGCCGCGGCGGCCGUCAAGGCCAAACACUUGGCCGCUGUAGAAGAGAGAAAAAUUAAAAGCUUGGUCGCAUUGUUAGUCGAAACUCAAAUGAAGAAGCUUGAAAUUAAGCUGCGACACUUUGAAGAGCUCGAAACAACGAUGGAACGUGAACGAGAAGGUCUGGAAUAUCAACGGCAACAACUGAUCCAAGAACGUCAACAAUUCCACUUGGAACAACUCAAGGCAGCCGAAUUCCGAGCUCGGCAACAGGCUCAUCAACGGUUCCAGUUAGAACAGGGACAAUGGCAGCAACCUACCCCAGGUGGUAUCCCAUCGCAACAGCAGCUUCCCCAAGGAACACCCCCAGGCCCACCCGGACCAGGCCAGGCCCCUGGAACUAACUCUCAGCAGCAGCCACCAAUGCCAUCUACCGGUGGACUUCCUGGGGCUCCAGUCCCACCGAGCAGCGCCAGCACACCCAACAGCAACGGAAUCAUCUCUGCUCCUCCGCCUACUACGAUGCCUACCGACGGUUCUACUCCAAAUAACGUUUUGCCUCCGACGGCGCCUGGUCAACCGCCGUCCUCGCAGCAGCAGCAUGCGUCGGGCCCACCGCCCCAGCAGCCGCCGACAAUGCCACCCCAUCCGGGACAUCCGGCCGCAGGUGGGCCACCUGGUGGUCAGCAACCACCGGUGAAUCCCCAUCAUCCUCCGCCGGGGGCUAUGUCCCAGCAGCAACCGCCUCUACCCCCGCAGCCGCCUACCCAAGGGCCACCGCCGCCGGUGCAGGCAGGACCCGGAAGCGCUCCCAUGCCCGGACCCCCGCAAGGUCCACCCCCUACCAGCGGGCCUAUUCCUCCACCUUCGUAAAUCGUCGUUAAACUAUAAGGCAGUCAUCGUGACACAAAGGCUUUUUAUGGAAGGUAGGACGUUCUCUCAGUAUGUGACUCAUUAUUUAUCAUGCGCUGAUAAGAUCAAUAUGUAUGCUGGACAGCGUGGCGUUUAGCCACGGGGUUAUUUUUCUCAUAGUGUCCAAAAGUGUUUUUGUUUUCCCCAUUUUGAAUUGUGACAGGAUUUCACGAUGUCCCGCUAAUUCCGAUUUUUACAACCUAUGGAUGGAGCCAAUAGAUGUAUGAUUAGUUUUAAAACUUUACGCAAAAAUGGGUAUUAUCGGUGCACUAAUGUGAUGCUGUUACAAUGCCCAUUGGAGCGUGCUGGAACCCACAAUAGACGAUAGUUGCAGUAAACUUAAUAUAUCUUUUAUUCUAGGUGUAAAAGA